AUGCCGCGCUCAUCAAUUUCCCAACUGUCAAAGAGGCUGGAGCGUCUGGAAGAGCUACCCGCAGCUCAAGCUCGUAACGGACCGCCGCAUCCGCCGCAUCCCGAUUCCGACCCAGAAAGAGACGUUUCUGGAGGAGCUCAUAAUGUCUUUCCCCUGACUACCAACGGAUCAACCACUCCUAUUGCCACCAUCACUCCCCGGCCGCCCGCUCAACUCUCAGCGACAAACGCCGUACAAUCUGCUUCACCAUUGUCUCGCAACGAAGCCGAUGGCGAUGCCAUGUACGGUCCUUCAUCCAACAGCUCAUUUCUACGACUGGUGACCGAAGCUGCGGGCCCCAGAAGCUCAAACACAAAGAGUCCAGAGGAGCUGGCUGGCCAGGAUGCAGGAGAAGUCGCCCCUACAGUACUUGGGUUCGCGAUAACAACGCAGCCAAAGAGUCCUGAUAUCCUACCGGACCCUGUAAUGCUUCCCGAGAGGUGGCUCGCCGAUAAUCUCUUCCGCUGCUUUUGGGAUUUUGUCCACCCCGUGUUUCCCAUACUCCACCGGCCGUCGUUCACCGCGUCGUACGAAGCGGUUUGGCAGCCAUCUCAAGGCCGGCCUCCCAAUCGAGACUACAAGGACACUGUUUUCCAUGCCACCUUGAGCAUCGUGCUGGCUCUUGGGUGUCAGCGGACAGAUCAGGUCUCGGUAACGGAGCAAGUUCGCCUAGCCAAUAGGUUCUAUAAGCAGUCUUUUAAGCUCGUGUCAGUCGAUACGCUCGAUCACUCCUCUCUGCAACUCGUCCAGCUAUUGCUACUGAGGGGCGUUUACCUACACUACACGCAAUACGCAGACCGAUGUUGGAACACAACCGGAGUCGCACUGCGAGUUGCGCAGGGUCUCGGAUUGCACUCCCGCGGUGAUGGACCAACGUCCUCAAAGAGUCAGCUCAAGAGGGAGAUGAGGCGACGUGUCUGGCACUGUUGCUUAACUUUAGACAGACUCACGGCAACCACCUUUGGGAGACCUGUCCUUGUGUCUCGGCAGUACUUCGUCCCUCCGCCGGAACCUAUCGACGAUGAGUAUUUGUCUGAGAGUUCCGAAGGCCUACAACCGUCGGAUCGCCCUUCGUACCUGGCCUUCUUUGUACACUCCGUUGCGCUGUUUGAUGUGCUGAAUGAGAUACUAGCCAAAUUCUACACCGAAGGCGAAUCUGUCUCGGACAAGACACCCGAUUCACUCAGUCAUGUCCUGCAGCUCUCGUCAAAGCUCGACGAGUUGGGCCAUUCAAUCCCGCCCUACCUCAGAGAAGGCGCGGAUUUGACACGGCUAGACGAAGAGUUGCGAGGGUGUCUGCAGAUGCAGGCGAACAUCCUCAAGUCGAGAGUCUUAUGGAUUCGGCUUCUCCUCCUUCGUCCGCUCCUCUUGGACGAAGCUAAGCACGGUAGUCGGCCCCAGAAAUCAUUCGCAACGGCCGCCACGCAUACACUUCGAGACAGUCUAGGACACUCGGCGAACUUACUCUGCGUUUCGACGGCUCACAGCGUACUACAGGAGCUUUACGAAAAGCUGGGCAGCGUCAGGCAGAACUCGGCCUGGCAUGUUCUACUCUUUACCUUUGCCGCAGCUUCCACUCUGGUAGUCGCGACCCUGUGCCCCGAUCUCCACGUCAGCUUCGAAACAGAGCCGACAAAAUCCUCGUGGGACAGAGCUUUGCGCAUCUUUGAUUUUCACAAGCAGCACGUCGCGUCUGCCAGCCGAGGCAUCGAAGUCUUGGAAAGAUUUCGCGCAUCUGUCAUGGCUGCCGCUUCGCAGCGAGACGCUCCCAGCGGGGCCCCCGCCACCAAUGAAACAUACGAUGCGCGACUUGAGCAACCAAGCGAGCAGGACGUCUUGAUCCCGUUUGGCUCUGUGCCUGGUUUGAAUCAGACGACCCUGGCGCAGGAUUUUGGGGAUUUCACAGACUCUGAUUUGCUGAAUGAAAGCUGGUUCAAUAUUCAGGGGAUAGAUCUAACCAACUGGGGAAUCUUUCAAUAA